GUCACAUCGCGAAAUCAUGAGAAGGAGAGGAAUCGUUUUACCUCGAGUAGAUAGAAAUCCUGAGCGGACAGGAACUGCGGAAGAUAUACUUCUUCAUUCGUCAAGUUGGCCUCAGUAAUGCAACAUGUAUGAAUUUCCCCUCAUGUCUGUGUAAUGUUUCGCCAUCUAUUGCAAGGUAGACAACAAUAUCGAUUCAGUGGUUGUCUCAGAAAAUCAUGACGUUGUUACCACCAACGCCGGCGCAACAGAAACAUAUAGACAAGGAACUUCCAUCUGAUCCGGAAAUGAGAAAACAAGAUAUCAGAGCGCUUCGAGAAUGGCUUUCAAAACAACCGCAUUUGCCGAAUCAUAUAGACGACAACAAACUGGAGAGAUUUCUUUUCAAUUGCAAGAACAGCAUUGAGAGAUGUAAAUUAAUCUUGGACAGAUACUACACCGUUCGAACAUCCCUGCCGGAAUUUUUCGCUGCUCGCGAUCCGUUAUCUCAAGAUAUUCAAGACUCUUUCAAUAUGGUAGAUUACAUCGUUCUGCCAUCAUUAACUGAGGAAGGAUACCGUGUCGUCAUCUUCCGAUUACGUAACACCGAUGUGGAGAAGUUUUCGUUUCAAGCGCUAGUGAAACGUGUCUUAAUGAUACUUGAUACACGUUUGAUGGAGGAAUUUUGUUUGUCUAAUACUAUGAUCAUAGAUCUCGAGGGACUUAGCAUGGCGCACUUAGCAAAAUUCAUUCCAACGCAAUCUAUCGUAAGACGGGCAAUGUUAGCGGUACAAGAUAGUAUGCCUUUUCGAUUAUCUAGCAUUCACUUUCUUCACGCAGCAUCGUUCAUCACUAGUGUAAUCAAUGUAUUUUAUCCACUUUUAAAAGAAAAGUUGACUCAAAAGUUUCACUUUUUUAACGGUGGUGCGGAAGAAUUAUAUGUUUACAUGAACAAAGAUAUAUUACCUAAUGAAUGGGGUGGCAAAGCAGGCACUUUUCAAGAAUUAAAUGAUGCAUGGCAAAAAAAAAUUGAAAAGAAUCGAGAUUGGUUUCUACGGGAUGAAAAGUUGAGUCGUACAAAUGAAAAGGCUCGUUUACUGGAAUUAAAAUCGUCCUGUCUUGCAAUGAACAUCGAAGGAAUUCAAGGUUCAUUCCGGAAAUUAAAUAUAGAUUAUCGAUAUUCUUAUUAUAAAAAUUCGAUUGAAAUUGCAAAUUACAAUUAG